CAAACAGUAAGAUUCAACAUUUCGCUUUCUAGGUCUGCGUUAGUGUUGUCAAACGUGGCAUCACCACAACUACUUGUUUUACUAUAAUUGACGCUCUUGGUGUAAUUGUUGCUGCCUGUCUCUGGUACUUAUUAUAUGUACAAGAAUGUGUCAUCGUCUUGAAGAUAUAAUGAAGUUAUGCUGUGAGUUAUCAGCUGAUAAGCAGAUCCAGACCACAGUGAAAGGUUCCGGCAAGGGAGCAGCGACAGCUGGGGGCCUGGCCUUUGCCGGAGGCUUGGUAGGAGGUCCUCUUGGUAUUGCAGUUGGGGGUGCUGUCGGAGGCCUUCUUGGCUGUUGGCUGACCAGCGGUCAGUUCAAACCUCUUCCACAAGUCAUCAUGGAGCUCAGUCCUCAGCAGCAGCAGCAACUAUAUGCAGACCUGGUCGCCAUCCUUGGGGACAUCCAGUGGAGUGAUGUGGCACAGUUAACGGCACUUGUUAUGAGCAACAGUAGUCUCAAGCAGCAACUCACAGCAGCCCUUUUGGGCUACGUCUCCAAAGAGCUCCACGCAAAUGUGCACUAUGUGGAUUAGCAGGUGCGAGUCAACAAGCUCUACACCCUUAUUGUGUAAGAAGGACAUGAUUUCGAUAAUUUAUUUGUUGGUUGGGAGUGGAGAACGCUUAUCCAGUCAACUCCAAAAUUAUUUAUUCAUCUUCUGUACUGCUUCUCCUCACGAGGGUCAGUGGUGCUGCAACCUGAACUAGUUGCUAGCCAAAUGGCAGUGCCUUAUUGGCACUUUGCACUUGAUCGAGAAAAUCGAUGUUUGAACUAUUUUAAUUUCAACGAUAAAUAUAGUGGUGCUAUAGAAGCACUUUCCCUUAACUUUUUUUUUCUCCACAGAAUGCUUAUUUGGAAAACCUUAAGGAUGCCACAUUAAUCAUUGUUAAAGCAAACAUCACAAUACGAAAUAGCCAUAAAAUGUUAAGUCCAUGGAUAUGGGAUAUCUGUUAAAAAAGGCAUUACCGGACAGCUUUAGUGAUAACAUGUGAACAUUAAAUGGUUCGAUCAUUUCAAUUAUUUUUGUAUUGAGAGUAUUUCAUCAGUCCUUCACUUAUUUUACAAAACAAAACAUCAUGACUUGCUUUAUCAAUAUUAUUUUCCAAACUGAGAUGGGGGUGUGGACUUAGAUGUCCUUUUCCCCAUUUUUGCACCAUGGGGAAAAAAAAUUACGGGCAAUUAUGGCAACUCACCUGUCACAAGCAAAAGCAAACUUUUGAGAAAUGCAUAAUGGCUGGAUUGGUGGACAAUACUGACAAACAUUUGGAGAAUGGAUAUAUGAAUGAAAAAACAUUCAAAUCAUCCAUUUAAUUUUCCCAUUUUUGUGCAUAUGGAAGGAAAAUACGAGUGGUUAACAGAUCUGUUUAAAGCAAAAAGUCAGACCUUUACUAUGAGAGAAUGAAAAGCAUAAUUGGCAGUGGUUUAGGAAACCAGUUUUUAUUGACAAUUAAAUAGACCAUUUUACCUCCACCUUAUACAGAGAACCAUCUAUUUAAAGUAUACUACAAGGGGUAUCGAUUCGUAAAAUAGGUUAGCGCUUUAAUAAUUAUCCCACCACGACGGUGUCAUCAUCCGGGAACUCGUAGUAGGGUACUUCCAGGUUAAGGGGAGCCGGCCCUUUUCUAAUUCUUCCCGAGGCAUCGUAGUGAGAUCCAUGGCAAGGACAAUAGUAGCCACCGAAGUCACCGGCGUUGGCAAUGGGCACACACCCCAGGUGGGUGCACACACCGAGGACGAUCACCCAGCUGGGGUUGAGCACUCGAUCCUUGUCGUGCUGAGGAUCACGGAGCUCCGCGAGAUUCACAGCCUCCUCUGCUGCAAUUUCCUUGUCGGUGCGAUGACGAACAAACAGCGGUUUCCCUCUCCACUUGAAGGUCAUAUUUUUGCCCUCUGGAAUCUCAGACAGCUUGAUCUCAAUUUUGGACAAGGCCAGGACGUCAGCUGAGGCGCUCAUGGACGAGACAAAUUGUCUGACCACCGUUUUGGCUGCAUACACACUGACAACUGCGGUGGCCCCGGUUAACAAGUAGGAGAAGGCCCUCCUUGACUCACUACUGUCCUGAGAGGCUUUGUUGGGGUCUGUGACUUCAGGGCGGCGGUAAUCUGUGAAGUCAGGGAUCUUGAUAUCUGUGUGGGCCAGUUUGAUUCCACCGGGAGCUAAAAGAAGAUCAAACAAAACAAAAUGGUCAUACUCAGACACACUCAGUUAUUUGAAUUUAACUAUUGAAGCAAAAUAUAACAUAAUAUAAUGCAGAAUCUUUCAAGCAUUGUUUUGAGGAAUUUUAUUCACUUCCAUCACACAUUUCCACAUGACUUGGCACAAAAUCUAAGAAUUAUAACUGGAAAGUUCCGUGACUGCUGUGAAACGAAGUAUUUUAAUUUAUGAAACAAAAUUUUUUUUUAGAUACAUUUCGGGGAUCAUCCUUGAAAUAUUUAAUUGUCAAACGUGGUGGAAGUCAAGGCUCUGCCAUUCCAUACUAUUGCUGAUGUUACCGUAAUAUUUUUGGUGGUGAUAUGAAUUUUUAUAGCGGUAGUUACACUGCAGUGAUAUGGUUGACAUCAGACAUGACAGAAAAUGUCCCCAUAAUGCUGCAAAAGUACACACUUUCCCCCUAUAUACAACAAUGUUGAAGAGCGAGAGCGUCGACUUCGUCGUCAAAUGAGCAUCUAGUAGGGAUGGAUGCAUCGAAAAGUUUUGACCGCGCUUGUUUUCUCUGAGGGCCCAAGAUUCAGUACGGACUUUCUCACCAAUUGAACACGUGUCCAGCUCAGCAAAGGUUUACAUUCAGAAAAAUGGGGAAAACUGUCCAGAUAUAGUUAGUGGUGUGCACUUUCAAUGUGGCAAAUUGAUAAAUUUAACACAUUUUGAUCAUGUGCUGCAUCAUCAAAUUAAGGCAUUUGCAGGUCGGAAUAUGUGUAGUAGAGGAUCUUAAAAAUGUGUCAGCAAGUGUGGAUUGCAACAGGAGGUAUUUCUUUAAUAAUGUGAAUACUUUGUAAUAAUUUAGUUCAAAAGAUAGCUCAAGAAACACGUAUAAAACAAUGUCCAUUUCUUGGCUUUAAACACUGAUUGCAUUUCUGCCUUUGUCGUGUCCUAUUCAUUUCGUUUUCAUUUAUGUUUUUAUUCACAUUUAACAGUUUUAGUGCUGCAACUAUUGAUCAAUAAACUCGAGUAAUCGAUUAGAAAAAAAUAUUCGAAUUAAAUUUUCCUGCUUCGAGUAUACGUUAAAUUAAAGUGGCGUUUUAAUGGUGUAUUUUGAAAAUGUUUGCAUUUAGUUUUAUUGAUUUGGGUGGAUACACUGCCCUCGUCUUCAUUUCACAUGGAUGAAUUUAGCUGCUCCUUGUUAAGACCAACAUAAGCUUUUGUUUGAGCUAAUGUUUUUUUAAUGCAUUCGUUAUUUAGUUUAUAGGUAUUCUUAGCAGUUUUUGUGUGAAUAUGUGUCUGAACCAUUUGUUAAGAACAUUGUAAAAAAAAAAACGUGAGCAUUUUAUAGCAUUUAAGCUAGCGGACUUUUGCUAUGUAAGUUAGCCAGUUGUUCUUUUGUUCUACAUAGAUCCUCAUUUAUUUUUUUAUUCUGUUUGAGGCUGAGCUCAGGGUUAAAAGUUUUCAUGUUCCUUAUCCGAUUACUCGAACUAACUAGUUCAUCGAUUAAUCGACUACUAAAAUAAUCGAUAGCUGCAGCCCUAAACGGUUUAUCUUGGUAUUGUAUUUUACGUUGUAUUGACAUGUUUUACCUUUGUCUCAAUGCAAUUUUACCUUAUGUUCGAAUUGUAUCUAAAGUG